GAGAUGCAAUGGGGGAGAGAAAAUGCAAAAGGGCCGUUGAAAUGAAGUUUUUGUCCUUUUGGGGUUGAGCGAGGCGUGGAAGAAGGAGGAAUGUGGUGAAGGGGGCUGCAUGGUUUUGGGGUUCGGAUGACUCAAAGCAACAGCUGAAAAAACAACAACUUUGGAGGCCAGAGAAAGCGGUGGGAGGAGGGAGGUUUCCUGGAAAUCUCGAGCCAGGAGGAGGCUGGAUGACCCCCCCCCCCCAAAAAAAAAAAAUGUCCACCCAUUUCUGGAGAAACUUCCAUGGGUGUUUCCCACUCAGACUUCAACCCGGCUCCAAGGAGGCUGGACUUUCUCCUCCCUACGUGUUGUUUACCAUCUGGCCGAUGCCCUUUUUGCUUUGGGAGGGGUUUUAUUCCCCUGCAGAAUUUGAAUGUGCAGCUGGGUUUGCGGAGGGACCAGAAUGGAGGGGUGACUUUUCUGCUGCCCAGUUACCUGUUGCCAUGUCCCACCGCUCAAAAAAAUCUGCCGGGAGGGGAGAAGAUGGAUCGUGGCCCUGAUGGCGUUUAAACAGGUGCUUAAAAGCAACAUUCUAGAAGACUGAAGAGCGGAGGGCUGAGUUACCUAAACUCUUUUCCUGGAUUACACCUUUAUUUUCUCUCCGAAGGCAGGACGACAAAGGCAGUUUUGAUGUUUUGUGUGGCCCCUGUUGGACCUGGGCCCAUCAUGAAUGUCACAAAGGGUGGCCUGGUCCUCUUCUCGGCCAACUCCAACCCCUCCUGCAUGGAGCUCUCGAAAAGGAUUGUGGAGCGCCUGGGUGUGGAAAUGGGCAAGGUUCAGGUGUACCAGGAGGCAAACAGAGAAACGAGGGUGCAGAUCCAGGAGUCUGUGAGGGGCAAAGACGUUUUCAUCAUCCAGACGGUUUCCAAGGACGUGAACACCAUCAUCAUGGAGCUGCUGAUCAUGGUCUACGCCUGCAAGACCUCCUGCGCCAAAAGCAUCAUCGGCGUGGUGCCCUACUUCCCCUACAGCAAGCAGUGCAAGAUGCGGAAGCGGGGCUCCAUCGUCUCCAAGCUCCUGGCCUCCAUGAUGUGCAAGGCAGGGCUGACUCACCUGAUCACCAUGGAUUUGCACCAAAAGGAAAUCCAGGGCUUCUUCAACGUGCCGGUUGACAACCUGAGGGCAUCGCCGUUUCUGCUCCAGUACAUCCAGGAAGAGAUUCCUGACUACAGGAACGCUGUGAUUGUGGCCAAGUCUCCUGCCUCUGCGAAGAGGGCGCAGUCGUUUGCCGAGCGUCUGAGGCUGGGUAUCGCCGUCAUCCACGGAGAGGCUCAAGAUGCCGAGUCCGAUCUGGUGGACGGGCGCCAUUCGCCCCCAACUGCCAAAAGCGCCGCUGCCAUCCACCCCAGCUUGGAGAUCCCCAUGCUGAUUCCGAAAGAGAAGCCGCCCAUCACUGUGGUUGGAGACGUCGGGGGGCGAAUAGCCAUCAUUGUGGAUGACAUCAUCGACGACGUGGACAGUUUCCUCGCGGCUGCAGAGACCCUGAAGGAGCGAGGCGCCUAUAAGAUUUUCGUCAUGGCCACCCACGGCCUCCUCUCCUCCGACGCCCCCCGGUUGAUAGAGGAGUCGGCGAUCGAUGAGGUUGUGGUGACCAACACCAUUCCUCACGAGGUCCAAAAGCUUCAGUGCCCCAAGAUUAAGACGGUGGACAUCAGCCUGAUCCUCUCGGAGGCCAUUCGCAGAAUCCACAACGGGGAAUCCAUGUCGUACCUUUUCAGAAACAUAGGGCUGGAUGACUGACGGUCGCUUGGGGGUGGGCUUGAAGGAAAAGGAGAGAAGGAGGUUUUGGUUUUUUUAGGGGCCAAACUGGAUACGGGACAGAAACCCAGCUGUGAAACUUUUUGUGGCUUCAUCUCUGUAUGUCAAUGAGACCCCCUUUUUUUUUUUAUUAGGUGGCUUUUAUCCCCUUCCCCCUUCUUCCCUUUCUUUCCGGUGGUUUAAAUGGAGUGGACCAAAUCCCCAGAGCUAUUUCCCUUGCGAUUUUGUUUUCGGGAAAGAGAAAGGAUUUCAUAAAAAAGUUUUAAAUUAAAAACCAACGACCCUCUUUUCAACUUCUAGGGACGGUCCGGUUAGCUGCGCUCUUUUGCAGCCAAGACUCCCUCCCAGGCAGAGGUUUUCCUGCUGCAGCUUCGUUGCAAGGAACCCAGGCGGGGAAACCUGGCCUCGUUGAUGGUUUUCCUCUUUUUGGGGGGUGGGUGGGUAGGAGGGAUUUGGGGGUGAUCUUGGCGGCAGGAAGGAAUGCACCUCAAGGACAUUUUAUUUCUAGCAUGGAUCCGGAACUGGGACGGACCCAUGUUCAUAAGACUAUUUUGUCCCAGCAAAUAGGAAGAGUCCUGCACUCCAUUAGAACAGUUUUUCUCAAGCUUGUCUGCUUUAAGAGGGGUGGACUUCAACUCCCAGAAUCCAAGCUGGCUGGGGAAUUCUGGGACUUGAAGCCCAUCCAUCUUAAAGCGGCCAGGCUUGGGAAGUACAGCCAUAGAGCUUGAGAUAAAGGCAGCCGUGUCAGACUCUGCUCUUUGUCACGUGAAAAUAGCCGCUUCGCACAAAACGCGGUUGCCCACGUGGGAGGGAAAUGAAGGGAAGCGGCUGUUUUCAGAGGAGUUGAAUCCUGGAGUGGCCAAGCUUGGGAAACGCUGCCUUAGAGCUUGGGAUGAAAGCAGCCAUGUCAGACCCGGCUGCUUGGGAUUGAAAGCAGCCGCUUCUGUUCAUCUCCAUCCCUCGUACGCAUCUUUAGGUUAUCGUUCCAUGAGAUUCGCACAGGAGGCAUUCUGCGGCAUUACUGGAAGACGAGGUACCCCAUAAUCUUCCUUCCUGCGCCUCCCAGCUUGCUUUUCAAGUGCUUUUGUGUGUUGUUCGACAAACGGUAGCUACGGCAUCGAGUUUGUGUCCGAGACCAGCCAAACAAGAAAACCACACCGUUGUAUGCAAUUCCGUGAUGUUGUGUUUUUUUUUGUAAACAUGCUUUUAUAGGGGGGGAAAAAAACCACAAGGAACGUGCACUGGUAUUUAUUUUCUGGCACAAAUAAAACAACUCUGGUUUUGCAU